UUUUUUUUAUACUUAGAAUUAAUGAUUCUUUAAAAGUCUAAAAUAAUAAGCAUAUUUAUAUGAACUAUGGUUGCAGCUGGUAUACAUUUUGGCAAUACAAAUAGUGUUAUAACAAUAUGGAAGGAUGGUAAAGUUGAUACAGUAUCUAAUGAAACUGGAGAUCGGAUAACUUCUACUGCUGUUGCUUACACGGGAACAGAAAAGAUAGUUGGUCAACCAGCCAAACAAUAUAUGGUUAAAAAUCCACUUAGUUGCAUUUCUAAUAUUAAAUCCUGUGUUGGACAAAGCUUUACAUCAGAGCAAAUGCAGAAGAUUAAAACAAAGUGCUCUUGUCAUGUCUCGAACACUAAAAAUGUUUUUUCUUAUCAAGUCAAAGUAGAUGAUAAUUAUAUUAAAGUGUCUCCUGUUGAAGCUGCAUCAUAUAUAUUUACAAAACUUCUAGAAAUAGGAGAGUUAGUUGGAGGAAGUGAGCUGGAGGAUGUUGUUUUAACUGUGCCUCAUAACUUUUCUGAAGAUCAACGAAUAUCUCUUUGUGAAGCAGCUGAAAAUAUUGGGUGUAAUAUCCUUCGAGUAAUUUCUGAACCUGCUGCUGCAUGUUUAGCAUAUGGGAUUGGUCAAAAUGAUCCCUUAGAACAUAGUACUGUGUUAAUAUAUCGUCUUGGUGGCAGUUCAAUGGAUGCAUGCAUAAUGGAAGUUAUAAAUGGAAUGUACCACAUGAUACACUACAAAUCAAAUAGUGAUUUUGGUUCAAAUGAGUUUGAUAAUGUCUUAAUAAAAUACUUUACUGAAGAGUUCAAAAGAAUACAUAAAGAAGACAUCUCUGAAAAUAAACGUGCUCUUGGUAAAUUAAGUGCUGCUGCUGAAGAUUGUAAACAUGGUUUAUCAAAACUACAUACAAUUGCAUGUGCAGUAGAUUCCUUACAUGAUGGUAUUGAUUUUCAUUGUCAGCUUCCAAGAGCAAAAUUUGAAUCAUUGUGCAGUUUUGUUUUUUCUAAAUGUAUGGAAUUGGUUGAUGAAUUGCUUAUAGAAGCUAGUUUUAAAGUAACAGAUAUAGACAAAGUAAUCUUAGUUGGUGGUGGGAGUCGCAUGCCUCGCUUAGUCCAGUUAAUGAAAAAUAAGUUUGACUCUUCAGAAAUUUUAAAUACAAUUCAUACUGAGGAAGUGUUAGCACAGGGAGCUGCACUUCAGGCUGGUUUACUGCAAGGUCGGGAUGAUACACUAAAUACUGAUGUUUUUAACUUGAACUGUGUUUCAAAAAAUAUAGGCAUAAAGUUAGCAAAUGACGACAAAUUAUGUAUACUUCUAAAUAAAAACACUCCUGUACCAGUGAAAAGAAGUGCAAACUUAACUGUCCCAGCUUCUCAGACAACUGCUUGUGUUUACCUUUAUGAAUGCGAUGAUGCUACUUUAACCGGAUCUCUUUUACUUGCUAAGCUUGUGAUUAGAGAUCUAAAUAGUGAUGAAGCAAAAGAAUUAUUUUUGAAUAUUGAAUUCAGAAGAAAUGGAUGUUUAUCUGUAAUACUAAAUGAUCGCAAAUCAAAUAAAACAGAAAGUGUUAGCAUUGAAAUGACAAAGAUUUAACGAGCGUGAACAAUUUUUUUAAAAAAAAAAGUUGUACGAAACUCCAGUUUACUAGACACGAACGUAACAUUUGAUGUAUAUUAACCUAUUUGAUGAAAAUGAACCCGAUAUUUGAUGAAAAUUAGCCCGAGAUUUGAUAAAGGUGAACCCGACUUCUGAAGAAAAUGAACCCGAUUUUGAUAAAGAUGAAUUUUUUAAUUUUAAUUUUAUACUUUAUAAUCAAUUUUUUUUUUCGGAAGAGAUCAUAAUUAAUGUA